GCAACCGAGCGAGAGAGAGAGAGAGAGAGAGAGUGGGGAGGAGAGAGAGGAAGAAAAAAGGAAUUUGUUUUAUUUUAUUUAUAUUUUUCGAGCCCCUGUUUUUGGAGCGGAAGGAAGGGUUGAGGGAGAGAGGAAAAACGAAAAAAAAAAAGAAAAAAAGAGAAAAAGGAGAGGGAGGAAAAAAUGGGUAAAAUCGUGGCGGUGGCGGAGGCGAAGACGAAGAAGAAGAAGAAAGGAAGGCCUUCCCUCGUUGAUCUCCAAAAGCGGUCACUCCUCCAACAGCAACAGCAGCAGCAGCAGCAGCAGCAGCAGGACCAGGACGAGCAGCAGCAAGCGAAGAAACGAAACCCUAACCCUAGCCCUAGCCCUAGCCCUAUCCCUAACUCUAACCAGCCACCUAACCAUGUCAAUUCCAGAAGCCGGAGCCCUGCAUCCAAGCCGGAUCCGAUCCCCAAGCGCAUCACCAGGAGGCAGGCCAGCCAGAUCCAGAAGAAGGACGAAGAUGAAGAGGAAGGGGCGGCCGAGGAGGAGGAGGAGGAGGAUGAUGAUGAGGACGAUGAGGAGAAGAAGCAGAAGAAGUUGAAGUUCGUCCUCAGGUUGCCCCGCUCCUUCCACCCGCUCUCGGCUUCGUCCCUGGAGAGCUCGAGGGACCGCGUCGAUGCCGAGGCCUCCGGAUCGGACGAUGAGUCGGAGAAUGGCGAGAAGCCGCUCAAGAAGCGUAAGAUCGACGCGGUUUCUGAGUCGAAGAAGGCUGCGGUGUGCAAUGGAUCGGCGGGAGACGGCGGGAGAGGCCCCGGAUCUCCGACAAGGAAGGCGGAUAAGAAAAGGAAUGACCAGAAAGGAGUGGAUCCUACUCCAGCACCCUCUGGUUCUACCCCUGGAACACCUUUGCCACAUGUUAAAUUGCUGCUUUUUAUUCUCGAGCGUCUUCAGAAAAAAGACACUUAUGGUGUGUUCUCUGAGCCUGUUGACCCUGAGGAGCUUCCAGAUUAUCAUGAUAUUAUUGAGCACCCAAUGGAUUUCAGCACAAUCAGAAAGAAGCUUAAUACUGGAGUUUAUACCACUUUGGAAGCGUUUGAGAGUGACGUAUUCCUGAUAUGCUCAAAUGCAAUGCACUAUAAUGCUCCUGAGACCAUCUAUUUUAGACAGGCACGUGCUAUUCAAGACCUUGCGAAGAAAAAUUUUCAGAAUUUAAGACAAGAUGGUCAUGGUACAGAACCGGAUUCCAGACCUCAAAGGGGUAGACCUAGCUUGGUAAAGAAAUUCAUGCGCCAGUCUGCAGGCAAAUCACCCUUUGAAACUGCUGGUUCUGAUUCAGAUGCCACACUUGCUAAUGCUGGAGAAAAUUCUCCAUGGUCUAAUGCUAAUGAUGCUAAGAAAAAAACGGCGGUAUCUGAGAAGCCUUCCAGUCUUGCUGAUACUUCUAUAAAAGCUUCUGUGGUCCUUCGCAAUGGCGACUCAAGUACAUCGCUUGCAGAAUACAAAUAUGAGAAAACUGAAGAAGCUUCAUUUAUCAAUCACAGAGUAAUAAAUCUCAAGCAGGGACGAAAACCCAAUAUAUCUGAAGAAAAUCGCAGGGCAACAUAUAAGCUUUCAACUCAGUUGGCUGGUAGACCUGAUCCAGUAUUUAGCAUUUUGGAUGUAGAAAAGAAGCAGCUUUUACCUGUUGGGGUUCACAUUGAACAUGCAUAUGCUAGAAGUCUGGCACGGUUUGCUGCAAGUCUUGGGCCAAGUGCCUGGCAGGUUGCUGCACGUAAGAUUGAACGGGUCCUCCCCCCUGGAAUGAAGUUUGGUCCUGGGUGGGUUGGCGAGGCUGAAGCUCCACCCAGCAUGAAAUCCCUGGUGGAAUCUACACCUGCUGUUUCUGCACCAACGGUUGAUGCAAGGUGUAAUGCACCGCCUGUUUCUGCACCAACGGUUGAUGCGAGGUGUAAUGUGCCCCUUGUUUCUGCACCAACGGUUGAUGCGAGGUGUAAUGUGCCCCCUGUUUCUGCACCAACGGUUGAUGCGAGGUGUAAUGUGCCCCCUGUUACUACACCAACGGUUGAUGCGAGGUGUAAUGUGCCCCCUGUUACUACACCAACGGUUGAUGUGAGGUGUAAUGUGCUCCCUGUCACUGCACCAACGGUUGAUGCGAGGUGUAAUGUUGCCCCCGUCACUGCACCAACAGUUGAUGCAAGGUGUAAUGUGUCAGACAACACUCAAGAAUCUUUGAAGGUACCAGUCCCCGAAGGCCAGCUGAACCCAAGGGUCACCUCUCCACAUUUGCUUGCUGCUAAUCGGAUUGUUGAUGCCAGGGAGGGUUUUGGAAAUCCAAGAAUCUUAAGCAAAGAGAAUACCAAGACGUUAUUCAAUCCUGCUGUUCAUGGUGCCAGGUUUCCUUUUCAGCAUCACCAGAAUGUCAGUGCUCAGCCAUCUCUUAAUGGCUUCACUGGUGGAUAUCCUAUGGCCCAUUUGGCUAAGCAAGCCCAAGGAAGCCCAGUUAUGCCAUUAAUGAGGCCUGCCAAACAGCAGGAAAGCAUCGGUUUGUCAAACUCAAAGUCUGGCAAAGAAGCAAUGUCUUCUCGUCUGCUUGAUAUGGCUAAUAGAAACAACAUUAUCCAGGCGACCCCAUCGAAGCAGUUGGCAUCCGAGCAAUUUAGGCCUCCUUCCGACAGAAAAGCACGGAUAGACUCUUCAGAAAAUUCUAAGCCAGAGAAUGCAGUAUCUGCAACUGAUCAUAGUGAUAAUCAAUUUGUAUCUGGGAAUGGUGCCCGUCUACAAGCAUCCUGGCGAGGACUAUCAUUGCAGCAGAAGCUGGAUACGACCCCUCCAGAUCUGAACAUCGGCUUCCAGCCUCCGGGUUCUCCAGUGAGGCAAAAUUCUGGCGUACUAACAGAAACACAGCAGCCUGAUUUAGCCCUGCAGCUUUGAAAUCCUUUUUGACCUAACUGUGUUCUCUUGACAUGGAGAAGUUGUACUUGUGAAGUAGCUGAAAAAGGCUUCUGCUCCCAGUACCCUUCGUACAAAGCUUCAGGGUUGGUAGGCGAGCACUGGGGCCAUAAUAAACUGUGGAAGAAUGGUGGUGACCGGAAGAGAAGGAAAACGGCCGGAACUGGUUCUGUUGUAAAAGAAUUAGAUAUCUGUACAGAUUAGUGUACCAGAUUUUAAGAUGUAGGCGGGUGCCAUUUGUAUCAUUCAAAUUAACUAUUUAAGUUGUAGAAUAUUCAGAGGUA